UUAUUGACUAAGCGCGGAAAUGGAGUAAUGGCUGGCGAGGUUCGGGAGGAGGAGAGCCUCCGGGUUAAAAUUGGGGAAGCUAAGAACCUGCCUCCUCACACUGUCUCCAAUGCUGGCCGUAACACAUUGUGUGCUAUCAAACUUGAUCGCGAAGAAAUCUUCAGGACACAGACUGUGGACAAAGACCUCAAUCCUUUUUAUGGGGAAGAGUUUUCUGGAGAAAUUCCACAUAAAUUCAGAUACCUGUCGUUCUAUAUCUACGAAGCCAGUCAGAAAACAAACAAGGUUUUAGGGAAAGUUUCUCUAAGAAGACAAGAAUUGUAUAAAUACCACGGAAAGGAUCACUGGUUUCCACUGGUUCCAGCUGAUGCUGACUCAGAAGUUUUGGGGAAAGUUCAUUUAGAGAUAAAAUAUGAUGAGUUCCUUUGUACAGAUUCUGAACCAACACAAGGACUAUCCAUCAGGGUCGUAGAGUGCAGUGACCUCACUGUUGUCAAUGGAGCGUGUAAUCCAUAUGCGGUCGUGACCCUGAACUACAAAUCAAGACACAAACAAGAUAUUAAGCGAACCAAUGUGCGGAAAAAAACUAUUUGUCCUCAUUUUGAUGAAACCUUUUUCUUUUUGCUAGAAAACAGAGGUCAAAACCACGACCGGAACAACUAUAAUAUAGAGCAUGCGUUCAAGGCCUACAUCAGUGUGUCCCUUUGGCACGACGACUCCCUGGUGUCUCGCGAAGUCCUAGGAGGAAUGUUUCCAGGGUCAUUUCUCGGUGAAGUGAAGAUUCCUCUUCAUAACCUCGUCACAGGCACAUCACACAAAGCCUGGUACUGCCUUGGUAGCCGAGAAGGCUGGAAACAACCACAGCAGGACCUUGGAGCCCUCCGUCUUAAAAUCUCCUAUACCUCAGAACAUGUGUUCAAAUCCGAGUACUACAAUGAUCUCAGGGAGCUUCUUCUCCAGUCUGUAGAUACAGAGCCUGUGUCAUCAAGCACAGCUGCUAUUCUUGGUGACGUCGUCGAGAGAAGACAGGAUGCAGCACAACCUAUUAUGAGGAUAUUCCUCCACCAUAAAAAAUUAGUCCCAUUUGUGCGGGCCUUAGCAAGGGCAGAAAUCAAACUAACAUCGGAUCCCAAUACAGUAUUUCGUGGUAACACCUUGAUCACGAAGGUCAUAGAUGAGUUGAUGAAACUGGUGGGGUUGCCAUGUCUACAUGAAGCUAUCAAAUCAACUGUCGACGAGAUUUGCACAGAACAUUUGUCUUGUGAAAUUGACCCUGCCCGCAUCAAAGAUGGAGAAAACCUUUCAGAGAAUAUGAAAAAUCUGAAGCGAUAUGUUGAGCAAAUUUUCCAAAGCAUUGUCAGCUCUGGUCUAACAUGUCCAACUAUCAUCUGUGAAGUGUUUUUUGCGCUCAAGGAGGCAGCUCAGGAAUAUUUUCCUGAUAUCCCCCAAGUACGGUACCAGGUGGUCAGUGGCUUCAUUUUCCUGCGUUUCUUUGCACCAGCCAUCCUAGGACCUCGGUUGUUUGACCUGAGGACAGAUACACAGGAUUUAUGUGUGAAUCGUACCCUAACACUUGUGUCUAAAGCCUUACAAGGCCUGGGUAAUCUAGUCAGUUCGAAUUAUCAUUUAGGUCUGAAAGAGGAGUACAUGGUUCCUUUGUUCAAGUCUUUCACUGAUGCUGAACACAUUAACGACAUCAGAAUGUAUCUGGACAUAAUAUCUUCAGCGGCACGGGCUAACACUAAAAGUAUCAUCAUAGAGGCUCCCAUCGUACUGAAGGAAGGAUUUCUUAUCAAACGUGCACAGGGAAGAAAAAAGUUUGGUGUGAAGAAUUUCAAACGGCGUUAUUUCUGUUUAACCAAUCAGCACUUUUUUUAUUCGAAAAGUCGGGAGGAUUCACCUCUUUGUGUGAUACCCAUAGAAGAUAUUCUGGCUGUGGAGACACUGCAGGAGGAAUCCUUUAAAAUGAAAUAUAUGUUCCAGGUGGUCCAGCCUCAGCGAGCCUUGUACAUACAGGCUACCAACUGUGUGGAGGAAAAAGAAUGGCUUGACAUCUUAAUGAAAGUCUGUCACACAAACAGGAACCGGUUAAAGGUGUUCCAUCCUGCUGCUUUUAUAAAUGGUCAUUGGCUAUGUUGUAAGGUAGCAGACCAAACGUCCCCCGGAUGUUCCCCUGUGACUGGUGGUCUGUCAGUUACAGACAUACAGGUGAACAUUGAUUCCGACAGAGAAAUGGAGAAAAUACAUUCCUUAUUUUUGAACUACAUGGAAAAACUGGAAGCAAUGCAAGAUGCAUGUGCCUCACAGGAAGUUUACAUGGGAGAUGAGCCUGUUCACCAACCAUACAUCGAGGACACACAGUCCUGCUUCAAAACUCUGAACCAGGUGUUGACUUGUGUAAUCAGUCUGGAGCAGGAACACAAGCAGUACUGUAAACUGAAACAGCGUAACACUGUCAUUGGCUCCAUUGAUGCACCUAUUGGAGACGAGAGCUAUACACAUUUUCCCGGAAAUACUCGUUUGUGAUGAUAUGUGUACCUUAUGUGACAAAUCGUCCCCCCAAGUGCCUCAUUGUUAGUACCGUGCCAUGGUUUAUCCUGCCUACACAGAUCUCAUCCCACCGCCUGCUGGAAUAAUGUCCAUAUUUAAUGUACAUUUCAUUAUUUCUGGUUUGUUAAGAUUAUUAUGUUUUUUGUGUGAAGAACAUCUGAACUUAGAUUUUACUUUUUUCAAAGGUUUCUGUCUUUACACUUGGGCAUUUGUAAGUUAAACUGCACUAGUCAUUUGAUAUAACCCUGUCAAAAUGUUUCAGGGACAUAUUUGUGUAUUUGUAUAGUCAUGCAGUGUUUCACAGCGGUUACACUUUGAAUGGCUUACCUCUUGAAUCCUUUUUUAAUGUACCCCUGAAUCAUCCAUUAAUUAUACCCCAGUUUCUUUCACGUUACUUAACUUCAGAAAAUUCCUGAAAUUUUCCAGAAGAAGUAAUCAGAUUUAAGGUUCAGUUGGUUUACGAAGUGAAUAGACCUGAGCAUUUCACAACCAGUGUUGUAAUAAGCUUGAGGUUUUGGUGACUAUGCUGUUUUAAGGAACCUUUUUUUGUUAUGCUUUCAAUGAAGAAUUUAAGUUAAGGAAUAUUAAUGAAAUUGGGGCCAGAAAAUAUUAAACAUUUUUUAAAAAAAAUCUGAAUUGAUUUUUGUAUAAAAAAUUAUUCAAAAUCAUAUUUAGUGAACCUUUUUAUAACAAAUGUUUUAUGUAGUUUUUGAAAAUGAAAAAAAUGUGACAUGACAUAUUAUUUUCUGAUGUUGGAAAACAGUUUGAAGGGUAUUUUUAGAAUAUUGAUAAGCCGAUGAGUAAUUCACAAUCUAAGGUGCUUGGUUUUAUUGUAUUGUACUCUUUAUAUAAUGUUAAUCUUCCACUUUUAUUUCUAGUCUUUUUGAGGUUCUGGUAAUAAUGACAUCUGGAGUAACAUGUUCCGUUACUCAGAGAUGCUUUCUUUUUAUCUAUUCUCUCUUUUUGUUGAUGACAUUUAAAGCACAUUUGAGCAAGCCAGGUGACUUAUUAUUUUGUUGGAAAUUUAUCAGUGAGAUUCAUAUCGUCCUUGGACACUCACAUCAUCACAUACACCCAUACACCAUCACAUACACCAUCACACACACCAUCACAUACACCAUCACACACACCAUCACACACACCAUCACAUAC